AUGCCUGACAUCAACAAAUUUCCCAACGAAUUGAUGGUGGAAACCUUCUCCUACCUCAAUCUCAAAGACUUGACCAGAUGCAUGCGCGUCAGCAAAUCCUUCAAGAUUAUUACCGAGCACUCUGCCUUCGACAAGAUCUUCUUCCGUACCAAGGUCAUCAAAUCUGAAGAUCCUAUCGAUUUAGACAAGCUCCAGAUCAACCCCGCCCUUGAACAGCUUUCAUACACCUCUCGUUCUAAGAUCGAAGAUGCUGAGUUUCUUCUCUGCUACACGGAACCUGAUGGCAAAGAAGGCGUCCGCAACCUACCCUUGAUCGAAUCGUCAGCCGCCAAACAGAAUGCCACAGAGCCCGCCGUCACUCACAUCUAUCUCAGACCCUAUGGCUACGGAGGUGUGAUGGUCCAGUCAGAAGAUGCUUUGACUGUCCAGGAGGUGAUGGAAGGACUCUGCAACUACUACAAGUCAGGUCAACGCUACGAUAGGUGCCACUACUUCUUCGAAGGAUUCUACAAGGUCAAGCAGUCAAGCGGCAACCUUGUCGUGCUCGGGGCUCACUGGGGUUCGUAA